UUCUUCUUACAUCUUCUCACUCCUCAGUUUGUUUCUCUUUUUGCAGGAUUAAGCAAUAAACCAACUUCCAACAAAAAGCCCAUUAGAGUCGAUAAAUAGAAGCCCAGUAGAGCCCAGAGUGAAAAAAUGGGAGCUGCGAAACUUUCCGGGAUGCAAAAGCAAGUCCUGAGUCUCUACAGAGGAUUUCUAAGAGCAGCUCGUUCAAAGCCAACAGAAGACAGGAAGAGAAUAGAGUCGAUCGUUUCAACUGAAUUCCGCCACAACUCUAAGGAGGUCGACCGUAAGAAUUUCCAGUACAUCGAGUAUUUGCUUCGGUUAGGUACUAAACAACUCGAUCAACUCAAAAGCCCCGACAUUGUCAGCCUCUCCUCGGUGAAGGUCGUUGCAUCUAAAACCUGAUAUUUUUGCUCUCAGCCUUAGGCUCUAGUGAAUUAUAGUUGAAAAAGACAGGAAACUGAUUCGUUUUCCUCAAAUCUUAACAUUGAUUUUAUAUAUGUAUGAUGAUGCCUGAACUGCCAUGGAUGUUUAAGAGCCAUUAUAUAAUAAAUUGUGAUCACAUGGCGUCUUGGAUUAUAUAUCUAAACAAAAGUUAUGUGCAUCUACUAAUACUUCUCAAGUUAAAAGUAUGGAGAUUACAAACACUGCAACAUGAGAAGAGUUCUAUCAGAUUUCUUCUUUGUAGAAUACUAGUCAAUAAUGUUUUGGUUGAUACAUGUUUUUUGUCAAUGCUCUUGCUUUCUUCGUUAUCUCAUUCGUUUUGUCUAUUUCAAAUUGAUUUGGUUCAUAUCCUAAAUCUUUGAACUCUUGGCUAGGAAGAAGAAAUGUAGUUUAUGAUAAGGCAGUUUUAAAUUAUCAAUGUGUUGCACAUGAUCAUAGAAAAAAAAAAGAAGAAAAGAGGACAAGA